AUGGAAGUAGAACUGAGCCCAGCGGGCUCGAACCACCGAGGCAAAGGGCCUACCAACAUCUACCGGUCAAACAUGACUACAACCCACCUUCUAAAGACUCUGCAGGGGAGUAGGACUACAACCCAGCUUCCAAAGACUCUGCUGGGGAGCCGGACUACAACCCAGCUUCCAAAGACUCUGCUGGGGAGCCGGACUACAACCCAGCUUCCAAAGACUCUGCUGGGGAGCCGGACUACAACCCACCUUCUAAAGACUCUGCUGGGGGAGCCGGACUACAACCCACCUUCUAAAGACUCUGCUGGGGAGCAGGACUACAACCCAGCUUCCAAAGACUCUGCUGGGGAGCCGGACUACAACCCACCUUCUAAAGACUCUGCUGGGGAGCCGGACUACAACCCAGCUUCCAAAGACUCUGCUGGGGAGCCGGACUACAACCCACCUUCUAAAGACUCUGUUGGGGAGCAGGACUACAACCCAGCUUCCAAAGACUCUGCUGGGGAGCCGGACUACAACCCAGCUUCUAAAGACUCUGUUGGGGAGCAGGACUACAACCCAGCUUCCUAA